GUUGAUUAAUAAGAUGCAUAAAUUUAUAGAAACCGGUUAAGAGAAAACUAAAACUGCUCCAGGUGAGGAUCGAACUCACAACCUCGGCAUCGCUUCGCUCGCACUGCCAUAUAAGUACCGCGCGCUAACCGAUUGCGCCACUGGAGCUCCGGCCGCACCCUUGCGCCGCGGGGUCUUUCAGUCAUUUCUGGCCACGUGACCUUGAUGGACUGCUCCGCCUCGUCUUUGCAUAUACAAAUAGGAAUCUUUGGAUUGGCCAAUAGGAGAAAGUGCGUUACCAGUUCCGGAUUCUCACGCCUGGAAGGCUCUUGCUGUAAAAGGGAAAAGUCCGCGAGGCUUUUGGAAUGUGGGGGUGUAGCCUGCCUGGGACUCGCCUUCUCAUGAAUAUUCAGAAACCAUAGAGGAGGGGUCUUAACCCUUCUCUGGCUGGCCGGCCGGAAGGCGGCCCCUCCCCCCUGCGGGCGGGAACAGGAUAUGAGCCCGGGCGGCUGGGGGGAGGGGAAGCCCCAGGCGACUGCCCCCCGCCCCGCUGCUGGGACCGGGCUCUCCAGCCACAGAUGUAUGUGGCGCUGCCGCCGCCUGAGCCGGCGCCACCCAUCCCGGAGCCUGAGGGGUCCACAGUCGCAGACUCCAGCCUCCCGAAACUGCACCGCAUCCUGAGGGACCCUGAAGCCCAGGCCCCAGCGUCCAGGCUAGUGGACCCCAGAUAUCCAGGUGCCCAGCGCCCCCUCCUGGAGGAGCUAGGAGUCCGGGACAUCAGCGCCGCGCGACCCUGGAGGCCGAGCUUCCUGCACCCGGUUUCCAAGAAUUUAGGAUCCCAGACCGGAGAUUCCCUUCAGAGUUUCCCAGAAAGCUGAGCCUAGAACUCCCGGGGUUUGAGGAACUUGGGAUACGGACUCCUAGCGCCCCUUCCAGCCCGUCUGGGGUUGAAGCGCCAACUACUUCAAGAGGACCUUGGAAUUUGGGGCUCUCUGCGCUCCCUUCUGGAGGUGGUUUAAUCCCUGCUCUUAGAGUUAGGGGAACUCAGGAAUCCGGCCCCCCCAACCCACGGCCCCAUCUAGAAGACUCAGGAAUUUGGGUUCCCAGCACCCCUAUCUGAGACUCAAGAGUCGAGGCCCCCAGCAUCUUCCAUUUAGAGGACCAAAGAAAUUUGGACCACUGCACCCCAUUCUCCGAGAGACCCCGGAUUCUGGUUCCCGGAUCCUGAGAGCCCGAAGUUCAAACCCCUGAUUUGCAGAGACCCAGGAGUCCCGGCUCUGAGCCUCCCCGGGGACCGUGCUAGGGUCGAAUAGGAACUGGGCUGCCUCGGUUCGGGGCUGGAGACUCCCCGGGAGAAGCCGCUGAGCCACUCAGCCAUGCCCGAAGGAGCCCGUGGACUGGGCCUGUCCAAACCCAGCCCUAGCCUCGGCCGCAGAGGUGAAGUGUGUGACUGUGCGGCUGUGUGUGAGACUCGGACAGCAGCCCCUGCAACCCCCGCCAUGGCCUCCCCCCGAGGUUCUGGGAGCUCCACAUCCCUGAGCACAGUGGGCUCAGAGGGGGACCCGGCUCCGGGGCCCACCCCAGCCUGCUUGGCCUCCAGGCCAGAGCCCCUUCCAGGGCCCCCCAUCCGCCUGCAUCUGUCGCCCAUGGGGACCCCAGCUUCGGCGAAACCCUCGAGGCUGGAGCGUGUGGCCCGUGAGAUCGUGGAGACGGAGCGGGCCUAUGUCCGGGACCUCCGCAGCAUUGUGGAGGACUACCUGGGCCCUCUGCUGGACGGCGGGGUCCUGGGGCUGAGCGCGGAGCAGGUGGGCACGCUGUUUGCCAACAUUGAGGACAUCUACGAGUUCAGCAGCGAGCUCCUGGAGGACCUGGAGGGCAGCAGCAGUGCCGGGGGCAUCGCCGAGUGCUUCGUGCAGAGGAGCGAGGAUUUUGACAUCUACACGUUGUACUGCAUGAACUACCCGAGCUCCCUGGCCCUGCUCCGGGAGCUGUCAGUGUCUCCGCCAGCAGCCCUGUGGCUGCAGGAGCGCCAGGCCCAGCUCCACCACUCACUGCCCCUGCAGAGCUUCCUACUGAAGCCUGUUCAGCGCAUCCUCAAGUACCAUCUGCUGCUGCAGGAGCUAGGCAAGCACUGGGUGGAGGGCCCAGACGCCGGGGGCCGCGAGAUGGUGGAGGAAGCUAUCGUGUCCAUGACAGCGGUCGCCUGGUACAUCAAUGACAUGAAACGCAAGCAGGAGCAUGCUGCGCGCCUCCAGGAGGUGCAGCGGCGGCUGGGUGGCUGGACCGGUCCGGAGCUCAGUGCUUUUGGCGAGCUGGUGCUGGAGGGUGCAUUCCGAGGUGGCGGAGGGGGCGGCCCCCGACUUCGAGGGGGUGAACGGCUGCUCUUUCUAUUCUCACGGAUGCUGCUCGUGGCCAAGCGCCGGGGACCAGAAUACACAUACAAGGGCCACAUCUUCUGCUGCAACCUGAGUGUGAGCGAGAGCCCUCGAGACCCUCUAGGGUUCAAGGUGUCCGAUCUGACCAUUCCCAAGCACAGGCACCUGCUCCAGGCCAAGAACCAAGAAGAGAAGAGGCUGUGGAUUCACUGUCUCCAGCGCCUCUUCUUUGAGAAUCACCCCGCCUCCAUCCCUGCCAAGGCAAAACAAGUUCUCCUUGAAAACAGCCUGCACUGUGCUCCUAAAAGUAAGUCUAUCCCAGAGCCCCUGACACCUCCACUUGGGUCUCCCCGACCUCGAGAUGCUAGAAGUUUCACCCCUGGACGAAGGAACACAGCUCCAUCUCCAGGACCCACCACUUCCCGCCGUGGCCGCAGACAGUCUGAGCCCCUGAAGGACCCUUACGUCAUGUUUCCACACAACGCUAAGCCUAGACUCAAGCACACUGGCAGUGAGGGGGAGCUCUACCCGCCCUUAGAGCCUCUGCCACCAGUUCCAGCUUCUGAACCCCCUGAGGACCUGGAGGACACUGGACCCCCCUCGCUGGACCCCUCUGGGACCUCAAUCACUGAAGAAAUCCUGGAGCUGCUGAACCAAAGAGGCCUCCGGGAUCCAGGGUGCCCACUACAGCCACCCCCCCAUGACAUUCCCAAGUUCCCCGGAGAUUCCCAGGUGCCAGGCGACAGUGACACCCUCGCAUUCCAAGCCCUGCCCAGCCGGGACUCUUCAGAAGAGGAGGAAGAAGAGCUGGAUAUGGAUGAACGGGGCCCUUCCCCACUCCACGUCCUAGAGGGGCUCGAAAGUUCCAGUGCGGCUGAGAUUCCUGACAUUCCCAGCCUUUCCAAAAAUCCUGAUGUAUCCAACCUCCCUGAAAUUCCCCGCCUUUCUGAAAUUCCCCAAAUGCCCCGCCUUCCCAGUCUCUCUGACAUUUCCAGUGUUUUCGAAAUGCCCUGCCUUCCAGCCAUACCUAGUGUCCCCGACAUUCCUAGUCUUUCCAGCUCUCCCACCCUCCCCCGCGACUCCUGGCUCCAGGGACCUCUGCAGGAGCCGCGUGAAGCUCUAGCCGCCAGGAGAGAACUCUUCCCUGGAAGCAGCUCUGGGAAACUGGGGGAGCCCUCCUCAGAAAGCAGGGCAGGGCAAGAGGAGGAUGAAGGAGUACCAUACCCAGAUGGCCAGCCCCGCCAUGUCACCCAAGAUCGGGGAUUCCCGGAGGAACUGGAGUUCCGCUCUUGCUCAGAAAUCCGGAGCGCCUGGCAGGCUCUGGAGCAGGGGCAGCUGGCCCGGCCAGGUUUCCCUGAGCCCCUGCUGAUCCUGGAAGAUUCAGAUCUAAGUGGAGGCAACGGAAGCGGGAAGGCAGGAGCCCCAGCUUCGGAGAGGUCAGCGUCCCGAGUGAGAGAGUUGGCCCGACUCUACAGCGAGCGGAUCCAGCAGAUGCAGCGGGCUGAGACCCGGGCGUCAGCCAACGCCCCCCGCCGCCGGCCACGGGCUCUGGCCCAGCCGCAGCUGUUGCCCUGCCUGCCCCGUGAGCAGGCCGAGCCAGGGCCCCUGCCCGCCUUUGGACAUGUGCUCGUAUGUGAGCUGGCCUUCCCGCUGACCUGUGCCCAGGAAUCUGUCCCCCUAAGCCCUGCUGCCCAGGUUCAAGCUGCCACAGCUGUGACUAAGCAACGAGGCGGCCUGGACGGCCAGGGUCUAAACGUUCCAAGUUUGCCUGAGCAAGAAGACUGUCUGGGCAUCCAGGUUCCAGCGGCUACCCCUGUGCCUGAGCACGGAGGCCUCUGGAAUAUCCGGAUUCCAGCCACCACACCUCUGCCCAAGCAGGAAGGCCCCCCGAACGGCCAGGUGCCGGCUAUUACAACUCUGCCCGAUCAAGAAGCCCACCCGGAAAUCCAAGUUCCAGCUGCCACUACUCUGCCCAAGCACAGAGGCCACGUGGAUAUACCGGUUCCAUCUACCACCGCUUUUCCUGAACAAGGAUGCCGCGUGGACAUCCAAGUUCCAAUCACCCCAGCUUUGCCUAAGCGGGGAAGUUGCUCCGACGUCACGGUUUUAGCCGCCGCUCCUACGCCCAAGCGAGAAGGCCACCUGGACAGCCAGAGCCCGACCAACACCCCGUUAACGAAGCAAGGAGAUUCUAGGGAUGUUCAGUUCCCAGCCACUGCCUGUGGCCAAGCCGUCAAUCCUUUGCUUACACACAGAAGCAGCCUAGACCCUCAGGUCCCAGCUGACACCCCACCGCCCUUGCAACAUGACCUCCCCGACAUUCAGGUUCCGGGUGCCUCACCUUUGCCCGCAGACGGAGGCCACCUAGACCAUCAGACCCCAGCCAGCACUCUGCCGUCCUUGCCCCAGGACCUCCCACACUUUCAGGUUCCAGCUGCCACACCUUUCCCGCAGCCACAAGGCCUCACGGACACCCAGGUCCAAGCCCUCCCACCUUUGUCCCAGCAGGGAGGCCUCCCGGACAUCCAGGGUCCAGCUGCUGUGCCUCUGCUUGAGGAGCAAAGCCUCACAGACCUCCAGGUUCAGAAACUGACACCUUUGUUGGAGCAGAAGGGCCUCACCAACGACCAUGUUCCAGCUGCCCCACCUUUGCCUGAGCGAGGAGGCCCUCGGGACAUUCAGGGCCUGUUACCCACCCGAGUCCAGACCACGGUGGUUUUGUCUAAACAAGGAGGCCACGCGUUCUCUCACGUUGCCAGGUCAGAGUCUUCAGACUUGAGCCCACCCUACAGUCCCCCACUCGCAACCCGGCAGCUCCUGGGCUCCAACGCAGCUGCCCUCUCAAGAUACCUGGCAGCCUCAUACAUCAGCCAGAGCCUGGCACGGCGGCAAGGGCCUGGAGGAGAGGCUCCCCCAGCCUCCCGGGGCCCUUGGUCCUCCUCCGCCCCCACAUCACGGGCACCUUCACCGCCACCCCAGCCUCAGCCCCCAGCUCCCCCAGCCAGGAGGCUCAGCUACGCCACCACGGUCAACAUCCACGUCGGGGGUGGCGGGCGGCUACAGCCAGCCAAGGCCCAGGUCAGGUUGAACCACCCUGCUCUCUUGGCAACCCCCCAGGAAUCGGUGGGCCUUCGCAGAGCCCAGGGGGCCCCCGAUGCCCCUUUCCACGUGUGAGCCAGGAUGUCGGCCUUCUUGAAAAGCAGAGACUUCAACCAGAUGCCACAGACCCUCAGAAUUCACCUGGAAGUCCAGACGCUGAGCACAGGUCUAAAAAUUGCCACAGCUUUCCAACACCUGGAGUCUUUGGCGAAUGGGCCUUAUUACUUAACCUGGAUUAACCCAACAGGGAUGGGGAAGGGGAUGUCAUUAAUAUUUUGUUAAUUAACAUUAUGAAAUUAUGUAUCUUUCCCCAUUCUGGGGGCCGUGGGGGAUGACAGAAGACGACAAUGAAUGGGGAGGUCUGAUACAGCACCAAUCAGUCGUUCUGAAAAUCUGGGGAAUCUCAAAACUCCUUUGAGAAUUACUGAAGACUGGACCCAUUACAGUUUGGUGUAUGAUUUUAGAGGAUUUAUGAACUGCUUGAUGCCUAUCCAGGAAGGCCAAGUUAAGAAGCUUUUUCCCAAGCAGAUCCCUCAAAAUUCUUUCCCUUAGCAGUUUAUCCAGUUGAUGUGUCCCACCAUCAUCUAUCCCUCUCAUCUGCUUGGCCAGUUCUAUCCACCCGGCUAUCUCUCCGUCACCUGCCUCUGUCCAUCUUCCAACCCAUCAUCUCACCCAUGUCUUGCUUUAUUCAACUUUCUCUACCCUAGUCAUCCAUCAUCCUACCCCACCCCCCAUCUAGCACCCGUUCCUCUGUCAAUCCACUCAUCUAUUAUCCCACCUGUCCAUCUUCUCCAACCCUCUCC